AUUCCGUCCUUUGAAAGUCAAGUAACAUUCACUACAUAAUAUAACACGGAACAAAAGUUUUGAACCAACUGCUCUAUUGUUCCACUACAUAUACUUAUAUUUACUGUUUCUCUUGGCGCCACCCGAAGAAACAAAAACUCCUAAAGAAACAUUGCUAAAAAGUAAACUAGUUGCAUUUGACGAAAGAAUUUCGGGUAAACAUUCCAAUGCUUUGACAAAUCCUUAUCUUUUGAUGGGGCCCUGCCAUUAUUGCAAAACAAUAUGAAGAUAAGGGCACUUACCGUAAGGGACGACUGGUUACCGGGAUGUCAUAUAAAUAGCACAAAUUAGGACGGAGAAAGCAUCAGUGUCUUCAAGGCCUUCGUUCAGACAGGACCAGCAGACAAAAUCAAGGUAAGCAAGGGUUUUCUGUAUGAACAAAAUUUACAAUGAGUACUCAAGUUUUCCAUCAAAUAGUUUUUAGUUAAUAAUUAUACUCACUGAAAUAUUGAACUUAAUAUAACUGCAUAAAUUUCUUUGGUAAAUGUAUUAUUUACUGAUUUAUUAUUUUACUUUCAGAUGAUCAAAAUCAUUGCAGUACUAUUGGCUAUAGUAGCAACUGCUUACUCAGCCGAAAUAUCUACUUCAUACGCUGCCUUAGACAAACACGCAGCUUUCAAACCUGAACUAGCAACAGCACCUUUGGAAACCCAUGCAGUGCAAGAUAUGCCACACGAGGCAGCACACCCAGUUUACCGACCAGAAGAAAUGAUUCAGGCCAGAGCAAGGAUUGAACCAGUGAAAGCUUUUGGACCGGUUAUUAAACAUGAUUCUAUGUUAUCCGAUCAACCUGAGGUGCCUACGGAAGUAAACAGGAUUGACGACUUAGGCAUCCUGGCAAAUGGUUACGUUCCCGGUACUGCUGAUGUGGCUUACCCUGACGUUCCAUAUGCUCCUGCCUAUUACUACGACUCGGGAUAUGGCGCAUCUAACAAUUACGACAUGUACAAUUCGAACAACUACUUGAUGGAGCCUGAUACAUCAGCAUUCAGCUUGCUGUGGAGCCAAAUGCCACAUGCCAGAACCAUGGUCAGCUUCGUCGGUCGUACUAUCACCUGGAUCUUGAACAGCGUAAUUGUUUUGAUUCUUGGCUCUCUCCUCACUGUAGGAGUUUGCACCUACACGAAUUUAUGCACAAUUGCUUUCCAUGGAGUUGGUCCAAUCCAUGAAGAAAUGAGGGCCCUCAUGUCCCCUGAAAGAUUGGAGAAGAUUAGCAGUGCUGCAGACUUUGUUAAGACAGCCAUUGAUAAAUACCAAAAAAUACAGAAAGUAACGGAUACGGUUCAUAAAGGCGAUGGCUUGAGAAGACGCCGCGCCAUUUUCAACAAUUAUUAA